AUGAGCUCUGGACAAUACUACAACGGCCCUCCUCCCCCGCCCCAGGCGUACCCUCCCCAGGGCUAUCCGCCUCCGCAGGGUGGCUAUCCUCCCCAGGGAUACCCCCAACAGCCCUACCCUCCGAUGCAAUACCAGCAGCAGCCUCCUCCCCAGCAGAAGGACCGCGGAUGUCUCGGUGCCUGCCUAGCCACCCUCUGCUGUUGCUUCCUGUGCGAGGAAUCUUGCGAGUGCUGCUUCGAGUGCAUCGAGUGCUGUGAAAUGUGUUAA